AUGACUUCUCUUCCGAUUCACUAUUUGCUCCCAAUCUACCCUGGAUUCCAGCUCCUCGACCUCGCGGGUCCACUUGAUAUCCUCAAUAUACUUUCCACUGCUCAUCUUGAUCCUGAGAAACACCCGCUAUCUCUGACCUUCAUUGCAGAGACUCUUGAGCCGGUGCCGACAAAGCCCAUUCCGCCCAAAUCUGCCAACUGGACUUUCGACCUCGUGGACGCAUACCCCAGCUCAGGUGGCAAGACGAACCUCAGUUUCAAUGAGUACCUCCAGCCCGAUACCACAUUUGCAGAUUUUCUUAGGGCACUCGAACUCGACCAAGGUAAACCUCAUGUUGAUGUCCUCCUAAUCCCUGGUGGCGUCGGGACUCGGCUGAAACGGGUUCAUCCUGAUGGCAAUAAAACUUCCAACAUACAGAGUCUGCUCGAGUUUCUGCCAAUGGUCGCCCCACAUAUCCGUACCGCUAUCAUCACAGUUUGCACCGGUUCUGAUGCGCUGGCACAAACUGGCCUUCUCGACAAUCGACGCGCUACCACGAACAUGACGCGAUUCAAGGAAGUGGCAGCACGGAGCCCCAAAGUAAAAUGGGCAGACUUUGCUCGGUGGGUCCGGAGAAUUUCGGCGGGGAUGGACGUGACGCUGGCCUUCAUCUCCCACUUCUACGGAGGCCAAGGUGUUGCCAGGAGUCUGGCGAAGGCUUUAGAGUACGACUGGCGGGAGAUUGCAGAAGGGGAGAGGGACCCCCUGUAUGCGAAGCAUUUCGCGACCUGA